UGUGUUGAUGAACAGGUGGAUGAUAAUAUUCCACUGAGGGUGAUGUUGCUGCUGAUGGACGAGGUGUUUGAUCUGAAGGAGAGAAAUCAGUGGCUGCGCAGAAACAUCAAGAACCUCCUACAGCAGCUCAUCAAAGCCACGUAUGGAGACACCAUUAACAGGAAAAUCGUAGAUCACGUCGACUACAUGACCUCGCCUGAGCAAGUGUCUGAUUACGUGAAGAGAUUCAGAGACUCUUACUGGCCAAACGGGAUCCUCGCCGAGACACCGCCCCGCAGAGACAAAAGCUUACGCAUGAGGACGCGAGUCGCCGCCAAGACCACACUCCUGGGCAUCAUGCCAG